CAAUGGUUGAGAUGAGCACAGCAGUAGAACAAUCAAAUGAUAUCCCCCUUAAUGAUUCUUGUGAACUUAUUAAAGAUAGUAAAGAACCAGAUCCUAUAGCUAUCAUUACCAAUGGUUCUAGUGCAGAAAACAAAGAACCCCUUACCCCACCCCAACUACCUUCAGUACAGUAUUCACGCGAGGAAAUGUUAAUACUUGAAAAAACGGACCUCGCUUUGCUUCGACCCGAAUAUCUCAAUACUAUUUUUGAUAGAGAAGGGCGCUGGGACCCGAUGGCUUGGCACUGUGGACAACCUCUGGUUGAAGCAGAAACACCACCCGUCGGCACUCUUGAAUUCAGAAAGCGAACUCGCUCCAAUGCUGCAGACAGUAAGGAUUUAGAAGUCAUACUUUCACCGCAGCGGAUGAGUUUCGGUAAUGGAUGUGCAGGAAGCAAAAUACCGCCACCAUCAGACAGUAGCAAUUCAAAUACCAAGCGCCUAAACGGACUCUUACCGAAAACUAAAUUCGAUAAAAAUGCUUCUGAAAGGACUCGAGAUCCUGAUCGAGAAAAACAUCUUCAAAAAAUUAAUGGCAAUUAUUCUGGAAAUAGAGAGCAAAUUCGAAAAGCUAUAAGAGAUUUGCACGAGAAUAGAGAUAGAAAUAAAGACGGUACUGUACCUACUAAGGAGGAAGAGGAAAUGUGGUUAAGAAACCAAGAGUACGCCUCCGACUACAGGCCCGAACCGUACAAAGAACCGUACAAGGAACCUUACAAAGAACCGUACAAGGAACCUUACAAAGAACCUUACAAGGAACCUUACAAUAAGACUUAUAAAGAUACUAAAUACUCUUCUUCGAACGGAAUGUAUGACCGUGCAAGUAUGAAGAGAAACUGGAACCCACGUCGCAAUAGUGAGAGGAGUGUAGAUGAUGAGCCCGAGUGGUUUACCUCCGGACCCACUUCUCGAUUAGACACUAUUGAGCUCAAAGGCUUUGAGGAUGAUGAUAAACUCCAUCCAACAGAAGUCACCAAUAACAAAGACGAAUCCAGCAGCAAAGGAAGAGACGACGAACUAGCCAUGGACCCUCUAGGAAAUCCCGAAAUGACAAGCGCCUCUAAUACAUAUGCUAACGAAAGCAGCUAUAGUACAGGUCUGCAGGAAGACUGGGACCCCACGCAUCCCAAGUUUAACGUUGAUGCUUUACUCGACCCAGACGCUUUUGUUGAGGGAGGAAAGGACCUUCUGGAAGCUGAGAAGAGUAUUAACAUGUCCAAUAAUCGUGGAGUGCCCAUGCCAAUGGAAUUCUGGUCAGGAUCUCACAACACGAGCAGCCCCAAAGAGUUCCAAGGUCCUCCGGGACAGCCAAGACCUGACGGUCGUUCUCCGCCCAAUCCUAACAAAGAGGGUCCAGCUCAUUUUGUCGCUGAUGCAGUUCAUUUCGGCGAAAAUAUGGCAACAAGCAAUCUGAAGGCAAUGCUUGGAGUCCAUGAACCAACCGCAGGGUAUGCUUUUUUAAAUCUGCUAGUAUUAACAGCUGUUUUAUCAGGAUAUAUCGCUGGAAUGCAGUAUCCUGAUGGGACGUUUAGACCUGAGCAAAACCAAAUGGGUGUACACCCAGGAGCCCCAGGAGCCCCUGGACCACCUCCACCCGGACACCCCAUGUUCGAUGCUCGAAAUGGAAACAAUCGUCCCAAUCUGGAGGACGAUCCAGUUAUUCGCCAGCUCCUUCAGAACAACGAUAAGCACCCCAACUUGAAACCAGGUGUGGAGAUGCUGAUGAGGCCGGAACUUUUGGCGCACGCACAGAACUUGCCACGCAACAUCAGGGACAUGCUGAACCUCCAACGCUCCCAGUCCGAGCACCUGCCUCCUCCUGGGCCCAUGUUGCCCCACCCCGGCCCUGUCCACACCCCACGACACCCCAUCCCCGAGCAUAUUAUGAGGGACCCACGUCUCAUUGAUCCGCGUGUUAUGGAUCCCAGAUUCACUCUUCCUAGCCCCAUCCAACAGCAGCUUAACAAACAGGGACCACCGACCCAGUCGCCGAGAAACGGUCAGGACUUACUGAGAGCCGUAAAGAACGACCCAGCACAACUGGACAAGGUUAUAUCCUGCCUUCAGAACGCCCUGAAACUUGGUAACGCCCCGCCAGAGUCUCAGCCUACUAUGCACGCUCUCUUGAGAGAUAUGGAGAAAGCCAAGAAUGAUCAUAUCAAGCUACAAAGACUACAGCUGCUGGCAAACGCCCAACAUCAACUCAACAAGCAUCCUGACCAAAUUCAGUCUAAACGCCACAGCUACGAUGUGCAGCAGCCAAGCCAGCAGCAACUAAUCCAGGCUUUACACCUCCAAAAUUUGCACGAUAAGACACAGGCUUUGAAAGCGCUCCUCAGACUACCAGGCCAGGGAGCCCCGCUGAUGACGGCCCCUGCUCGCAUGGCCCCUGUUCCUCACAAGGAGGCUGGCCAUGCCUUCAUUAGACCUAGAAUGACUGGGGAAGAAAACAUUCCUACCCGUAUCACCGGUCACCAUGGUGAUCAUAGGAUGAUGAUGGGUAACCACAACAAGCUACCACACGGUUUCCCCAUGGCCUUCACCCCGACCUCAGUGAUGAUCAAGUCAUCGGAGUCACGUAACUUUGGACAGCACAAGAUGGAGGGAGGAGAGCUGGAACAUAACAUCAACCUGACUCCCUCCCAUGCGGGUCCCAACCACCAGGGUCCACAUCCCGGACACCAUCCUAGAAUGCAGUACCGGACUCAGGAGGGCCAAGGAAUUCCCAACGGACGACGCUCCCCUCGCUUUGAUGACGGCCCUAAACCGGUACCAACCAUCGAGACAUCCAGAGGAGGAGUCCCCAAGUUGCACUUUCCUCCCUCUGCUUUCUCCGCUCCUAUGAAGGGAAUGCCACCUCCUCCCCCCAACUUCAUGAUGGCUCUAGCUAAGGGAAUGCCACCCCCCUCUCCUCAUGGACCCCACCUCCCUUCCCAGCUUCUCAUGCAGGAACUGAUGCACAGCAACAAACCCAGCCCUUCCUUCAACCACCCAAUUCCUCCUGGCUCUAUUCCCAACUCCAACGCUCCCACUUUCUAAAAGGACCGGAGAUCUCUUCUCGCUGCCAACCUUUGCUUGCUUCCAUCUUCAAGUUUUAAAUAUUUAUAAUUUUGUACUUGGUAAUUGUUAAUUUAUUUGAAAAAGAAUCGUGUAUAAUAUGAGGAUUUCCUGAUAUAGGCGUGGCACAAAACUUUAUAAUGGUGCCGAAACUCCAAAAACGCCGCCCACAUAUUUUCGAACACAACAAAAUUGUAUCUUUAUAUAGAGGUUUGAAAAGAAUGGCGUUUCUUUUGAGACGUUGAUUACAGUUUCCACUGUCAUAAACUGGUGUUGUGCAUGUUUUUAAAUAAGUAUAUUUAAUUAGGAGUUUAAGACAAGUUGUUUUGAUUUCGUGGGCUUAAAAUGAAAUGCAGACGAUUUGCCUUUCUAACAAAAAAAAAGAAGGUGGUGAACUUAUAUCACAUUCAUUCCCUUUUAUGAAUAAUUGGUAAUUGGCAAAUUUGUUUGUAAAAUUUACUUCUUCAUAUUUCUUGAUGAGAAUAAAAUUUGUUUCUCUUUUGAAUUUAGGCCAUUAAAUUAAAAAUACUAUCUAUAUCACCGGUUUCCAUACACGAAAGAUUAAUAGAAGAGUAAUUUCCAAAUACCUAACAUAUCUCACUAUUGAUUUAUAAAACUUAAAAUUUACCCAUGAAACCGGUGCAAGUCUUGCCUGAAAUGAUUAAUUAGAUAUUUAAUUAGAUAUAGAGUUGGUCUCGUAAAUGUGAUAUCUGUGGGUUAUGACAGUCUGUACAAAGUGUGCAGCUGUCCCACUAUUUCCUGUUGGCGAGAUUUAGGUGGAUAUUUCAUGCCUCUUCUAAUUUCUUCUUCUUGUGCGUUUUCGAUGUAAAUUGUAAAUAGAUGGGUCUAUUGAUACUAUGAGUGUAUUGGAUUUUUGUUCGUGCUUGUCUAAAGAGGCUAUAGUUUGUUUCUUUACGGGUUUUCACGAUUUGCAGUCCGAUGAUUUCUUUAGGCAAGCACAUGAGUCGAGGUGAUUUUACCACUUUUUUUUUGCUUUGUCCCAGAAUUUGAAAUUGCUCCAAUUUUUUUUUCAUUACUCUCGAGAGGGUCAUUUGAAGCUUUUCCGCCUGGGACACGGCAAAAUGAGAUGUGUGGCAAAACCAAUUCAGCUAACGGAUCGAUUUUUUCAAUUCGAAACCAUUUGAUUUUAACUUGCAGAAGUUUUGCCAUGCAUAGUUAAUAAUUGUUGCGAGAUUUUAACCGUUUUGGUGCAUGUUUUAAGGGCGUGAGCGCAUGAUUUUUAGUAUGACUCCUUUAGAAUACUAAAUGUAUAUGAGGCAAAUUUAACCGAAGAUAAGUUUAUAUUGUGUUAUUUUGAGAAUGCGCCCAAAAACAUAUGCUAAAAUAUUAAAGCACCUCUUUCUAAUAAUAAUAUUGCAAUUCGAUAUGUCAAUUUUGUAGGUGCCGAUUUACUUUUGUUGAAUACCUUUUUUGUCAAAAAAUUGAAGAUGUAAAUGUAAGGUCAAGUUGGACAACUUUAUUUUUAAGCUAUUCCAUAUUUAAAAGCACUGCAUUUACACUUAGAUUUUUUACGAUUUACGAUGAUAAUUACAUCAUGUUACUUACUCCUUGCUUGCAGUAAGUAAGUCUUGUUGGGAGAAUUCGACUAGAUAUGAGGGGGUGAGACGAGUGGUGCUGAGUGGUGCCGUUCAGCACCGCCCUCCAUCCCCACAUUAUAUACAUAGUAGUAUGAAUAUUGUUAUAAUUACUAGUAUUAUAUUGGAAAGGCUGUUGCGCAACUGGUCCGUUUCAAUGUUACAAGGACAUGAUAAAUGUUGUUUUUAUUUUGUGAAACAUUAAAAAUCAUUUUUUCUUCAUUCCCAAAA